GGCACCGCACGCUUAUUCGGCCCCGAGCGGCGUCCGCGGCCAGCUUGCUCCUGACCGCCGCUGCGAUAUGCUGCGCUCCACGUCCACGGUCACCCUGCUCUCGGGCGGCACCGCCGGGACGCCCGGGGCGCCCAGCAGGCGGGCAAAUGUCUGCAGACUACGGCUGACUGUACCUCCUGAUAAUCCAGUUCCUGAGAAAAGUGAAAAGAAGAUUGAGAGAAAAGAGCAGCAUCCUGACCAAAGCAAUGGAGAACCCACCAGGAAACUUCCCCAGGGUGUUGUUUAUGGUGUGGUGCGAAGAUCAGAUCAAAAUCAGCAGAAAGAAAUGGUGGUGUAUGGAUGGUCCACCAAUCAGCUGAAAGAAGAGAUGAACUACAUCAAAGAUGUGAGAGCCACUUUGGAAAAAGUGAGGAAGCAAAUGUAUGGAGACUAUGGUGAGAUGAGACAGAAGAUUCGAGAGCUCACCAAGGAGCUGUCAGUUUCCCAUGCUCAGAAGGACUAUCUGGAGAAUCACAUCCAGACCCAGUCAUCUGCCCUGGAUAGUUUUAAUGCCAUGAACUCAGCUUUGGCGUCAGACUCCAUUGGCCUGCAGAAAACCCUCGUGGAUGUGACUUUGGAAAAUAGCAACAUUAAGGAUCAAAUCAGAAAUUUGCAACGCACGUAUGAAGCAUCCAUGGACAAGCUGAGGGAGAAGCAGAGGCAGUUAGAGGCCGCGCAAGUUGAAAACCAGCUGCUGAAAAUGAAGGUGGAAUCAUCCCAAGCAGCCAAUGCCGAGGUGAUGAGAGAGAUGACCAAGAAGCUGUACAGCCAGUACGAAGAGAAGCUGCAGGAAGAACAGCAGAAGCACAAUGCCGAGAAGGAGGCUCUUCUGGAAGAAACCAAUAGUUUUUUGAAAGCGAUUGAAGAAGCCAAUAAAAAGAUGCAAGCAGCGGAGAUCAGCCUGGAGGAGAAAGACCAGAGGAUUGGGGAGCUGGACAGGCUGAUUGAGCGCAUGGAAAAGGAACGCCAUCAACUUCAGCUCCAGCUCCUAGAGCAUGAAACAGAAAUGUCUGGGGAGAUAGCUGAUUUUGACAAGGAAAGGUAUCGGCAGCUGGAGGAGGCAUCAGCCAGCCUCCGUGAACGCAUCAGACACCUCGAUGACAUGGUACACUGCCAGCAGAAGAAAGUUAAGCAGAUGGUUGAGGAGAUUGAAUCAUUAAAGAAAAAGGUGCAGCAGAAGCAGCUCUUAAUAUUGCAGCUUUUAGAAAAGAUUUCUUUCUUAGAAGGAGAGAAUAAUGAACUGCAAAGCAGGUUGGACUACUUAAUAGAAACCCAGGCCAAGACUGAAGUGGAAACCAGAGAGAUUGGAGUGGGCUGUGAUCUUCUACCCAGUGAAACAUCUAGAACUCGUGAAAUUGUGAUGCCUUCUAGGAACUACACCCCAUAUACAAGAGUCCUGGAGUUAACCAUGAAGAAAACUCUGACCUAGGCACUUGGAGAUAUGCACUUUUUGCUGAUGGACAGAGGCCUUGGAACCCUGUGGCUUGAAGUCUGGGAAGUGUGACUGUUAUUUCCUCAUGCAUGCAUCAUGAGCCAGAAUGGAAAUUGCAGAGGUUCUGAUCCCUUCUAAGACAGGAAGUGAAGUGAAGGCAGAGUGGGUAGAUGACAGAGAGUGAGAGCUACAAUGUUACAUUUCAACCGCCCAAUCAACAUAACACUGCUGUAUUGCAUCGUCAUUUGUAUUCCAUGUAGACACGGAAAUCCUACCAGGAGAAUUCCCUCACAAUUUAUUUUCUGUUGUACUAGACUUCAGUUGGGAGGGAAAAGGGCAUUAAUUUGAAAUUUCAUGUUCUCCCACGCCAGGAUCAUUUGAUACAGCUUGAGAGUUUUGUUUACCCACAAAAGUAUUAGAGGCAGCAUUUCUCUGGUACAGAGAAGUCUGUCUGCAGGGAGCAUGGGCACCUGGCAAAACUUGAACCUGGAGAAAAGGGUUCCUAGCCAAGAAGUGCUCUUUCCUUUUGGUCCUGAGGAUCCGCGUAGGGUUGUGGGAGCCAUGGUUGGAAAUUCAUGUGGUCCAGACAAGCUUCAUUCUGAUGCCCUUCUCCUUUGGUUUAAUUUGUGCCUUAUGCCUGUACUGGACCAGCUGAAAUCACUGUAUUCAUUCAACUUGCGAUUUGUUUUUUCUUUGUCACUUUAACUUAAAGAGGAUUUUGUAUGUCAUGGAAACCGAAUCAUUUAAUGUUUUCAGUAUCAAUUGUGUUUUUAUUAAAUGAAUGAGUAAUCAUGCAUGCUCUACUUUGAUAUUAUAACCUAUGUCACAUAUGUUUAAUAAAUACCAUAUAUUUUGUUCUAC